UUAAAGAUGGAACAAAACAUUUUUGCUUUAGAGUGCAGGUUGGCUCCAUGGACUCAAAAGGGCUUUGCUUCCUCUGUCAAUAUUUGUGAUAGGUUAAUGAUCAACCUCCAGGCCCCCAUCUCUGUCUUUGGUGUUCAUCCAAAUAUUACUUCUAGUGCCCUAAAACGCAGGGGACCAUCUGUAAACCAGAGGAUUCUGCAUGGCCACGAAAAUGGCUAGAGGUUCCUUACUUGUGACAUUUCUCUUACUAAUGUGUUCCAUCUACAGCAGCUGGUCAGUUUCAUUUUCAGUGUUUAUGAGAAAAGAAGAAGCACACCAGGUGCUGAAGAUCCGUAAACGCGCUAACCAGUUCCUGGAGGAAAUUCACCCAGGGAACUUGGAGAGAGAAUGCACUGAGGAAACAUGCUCCUUCGAGGAGGCAAAGGAGAUUUUCCAAUCGCAGGAGAAAACGAUGGAGUUUUGGUUUGUUUACAAAGAUUUAAAUCCCUGCAAAGAAAAUCCCUGUAAGAACGGUGGCGUCUGCAAACUGAAACACUACGAUUAUUUCUGUAUCUGUCCCCCACUGUUCGGAGGAAAGCAGUGUGAAAUAGAGAAGUUUGAAUGCUGGUACAAGAACGGCGGCUGCUGGCAGUAUUGCCAAGACACCGCACACUCCCUUCGUGUGGUGUGCUCCUGUGCGGCGGGUUAUGCCCUGGGUGAUGACGGAAAGAGGUGUACGCAAUCAGCUCAGUUUCCCUGUGGGCUGAUUAAAAGAUCCAUGCGUGCUUUGGAGGAAGUUGUCCCUGGGUUCAAUGGGAUGGUGGAGGGGGGAGCCCCCAGGCUCAACGGGAAGGUGAAGAGGGGUGCCCCCGGGCUCAAUGAGUUGGUGGAGGGGGGCGCCCCUGGGCUCAAUGAGUUGGUGGAGGGGGGCACUCCUGGGCUCAACUGGAUGGCAGAGGGGGGCGCCGCCCCUGGGCUCAAUGAGUCAGCAGACAGGGGCACCCCUGGGCUCAAUGAGUCAGUGGAGGGGGGCGCCCUCGGGCUCAAUGAGUCAGUGGAGGGGGGCACUCCUGGUCUCAACUGGAUGGCAGAGGGGGGCGCUGCCCCCGGGCUCAAUGAGUCAGCAGAGGGGGGUGCCGCCCCCGGGCUCAAUGAGUCAGUGGAGGGGGGCUCCGGCCCUGGGCUCAAUGAGUCAGCAGAAGGGGAGACCCCCAGGCUCAAUGGGUCGGCAGAGGGUGGCACCCCUGGGCUCAACUGGAUGACAGAGGGGGGCACCCCAAAACUCAAUGAAACAGCAGAGGGGCACGCCCCUGCGCUCAGUGGGAUGGCAGAGGGGGACACCUCUGGGCUCAAUGGGUCGGUGGAGGGGGGCGACCCUGAACUCAAUACGUCAGCAGAGGGGCAGAAUGUGCACGACGGCCUCAAUCAGACCGAAGCUGAAGGAAUCCUGACAGAUGGAGAUCUACACAGCUGGACAAAUGUCUACCAAACUGCAGAGCAUGAUGAUACCAGGAUCACUGGGGGAUCUUUCUGCCAUCGUGGCCACUGUCCCUGGCAGGUACUUAUCCGAAAUAGCAGAGGUUAUGGUUUCUGUGGAGGGAGUUUAAUUAGCAGCCGCUGGGUGGUCACUGCUGCCCACUGCCUUGAGAUUGUUAAGCCACAUCAUGUUACUGUAGGAGACUUUGACAAACACCAGAGAGAAGUGAAAGAACAAAAGAUUGAAGUGCAACAGAGCUGGAUACAUCCACACUAUGACUCAGAUAACUAUAAUGGUGACAUUGCUUUGCUCUACUUGAGCAGCGAUGUUGUAUUUAAUGAGUAUGCACUCCCCAUUUGCCUUCCCAAUCCUAACCUGGCAACCUUGCUGACUUCAGAAGGGACUAGGGGGAUGGUGAGUGGAUGGGGUUCCACACAUCACAGGGGUCCUGGAACACGCUUCCUCAUGAAAGUCAAGCUGCCCAUCGUAAGCAUGGAAACCUGUAGGCAGUCAACAGCAAAGCUCAUUACCGAUAACAUGUUCUGUGCAGGCUAUGCUGCCAAAGCCCACGAUGCUUGUAAAGGAGACAGUGGAGGCCCCUUUGCUGUCUCUUACCACGACAUUUGGUACCUGCUAGGGAUAGUCAGUUGGGGUGAGGGCUGUGCUGAAGAAAGGAAAUAUGGUGCAUAUACGCGGGUAGCCAACUAUGUACCAUGGAUAAAGGAGGUUGUUGAAAAUCUAGCUGAUGCAGGAAGAUUUUUACCUUCAUUCUAAUGAGGACCAUUUCUAAAACAUCAGAAAUGCUACCAGUAAUAAAACUGGAAAUUUUACAAUAGUUUUAACUUAAAAAAGUAGCUUAUUCAGUAUGAAGCUAAAUAUAGUCUAUUCAGUAUUCCUUGUUCUGCUAAUAAAUGUAAUACAGUA